CUAUACAAUAGUUUUCAAAGCUUUUCACAGCUUUUAAAUCUGCACAAAAAAAAACAUUUGUAAUUUUUGUAUUUAGUUAACCAAAACUGUAUCAAUAUUAUAAUCAUUAUUAUUAAACUUUAAGUGAUUUUAUAACGAGAAUGGAGUUCUUGGAAAAUUCAAUCGCCGAUGAAAAAGCACCAGACGUUGAAACAACGCCGAAAUUUGAAGAUCUUCCAAUCGGAAUGGAAACUUCAGGCAUGAUGUCUGUUCACAACUUGAGUUACGUAAUAACCUCGGGACCUCCUUUCAGACAUGUGACUAAAACAGUAUUACGUAAUGUCAAUGGCGUUUUUAAGAAUGGCAUUAAUGCAAUCAUGGGACCGACAGGCGCUGGAAAGUCGACCUUGCUUGACCUUUUGUCGAAUCGGAGGGACUUAAGAGCGGCGAGGGGGAAGGUUCUAAUUGAUGCGGAGCCGCUGGGAGACGAUUUUAACCUAAGAACCGGUUUUGUCGCGCAAGAGGAUAUCGUAAUGGGCACUUUGACAGUUCGUGAAAACAUUCUUUUCGCUGCCAAUCUCAAAAUGGCCGUCAGCUCAAAAGAAGACAAGAAAAAGUGCGUGGACGAGAUUGUUCAAAGCUUGGGCUUAGAAAGGUGUGAAAACACCCGAAUCGGGAAUGAAUUGUUCCAGGGAGUUUCGGGUGGAGAGCGGAAACGGUGUUGCAUUGGGAUGGAAUUGGUCACAAAACCCAAAUUUAUCUUUCUGGACGAGCCAACCACCGGUCUUGACUCAUCAACUGCCCUGUCUGUGAUCUCACUUCUCAAAGACAUCUCGACCAAUCACAAUUCGACAAUCAUUCUGUCCAUUCAUCAACCUCGAUACUCCAUCUUCAAAUAUUUCGACUUGGUUCAUUUAUUGUCCUGCUUCGGCCAAUCAAUUUAUCAUGGACCCGCUGUCGAAGCUGUCUCGUAUUUUGCACGACACGAAAUGGUUUGCGAUCGACGCGAAAACCCUUUCGACUUCUUCUUGGACUUGAUAAUUGCCAAUUCAAAAUUGGGCCCUUGGGUUUUUGAAACUGAUGAUUUACUUACCCAAAAUUUUGACGAAAAGAGCAAAAAAGAAGCAAAAACAUGCACACAAUUUGACACAAAGGAGAGCAAAAAUUUGGUCCAUAUUUUUCAACAAUCGCAAGAAUUCAACAACUUGAGCGAGGAGCUUUCAGUUAUUGAGAAACUUUCAACAAUCGAAGACAAAGUUUCAAAUAAUCGGGAUAGUUUCAAAUCAGCAACAAAUUUAUUGCAACAAUUUCGAUAUUUGUCGCAAAGGUCACUAACUAAUGUCGCGUUGUCGCCACGUGUUGUCAUUAUACCGACAAUAGUGUCAUUUCUGCUAGCUUGUGUUUUCGGCUGGCUGGGAAGAGAUUGGAAAUUCGAUUUAAUGGGCUUCGAAAACUUAUACGGCGCUUUAUUCUUCAUGGUUAUUCAGCCAGUUAUGGGAAAUUUUCCUGCAAUUGAAAUACUACUAAACGGGCAGAAAUUUUUCCUUCACGAAACAGCGAAAGGAUAUUAUUCGGCCUUUCCAUAUUUGGCCUCAAAAUUUCUAAGUGAACUUAUUUUACUGUGCGGAAUUCCAGCGUUGGUGUUUUCAGUUUUCGGUUACGUAAUUCUGAGACUAAAACGCGAACUUAUUCCAUUUUUCGUGUUCGUUGGUGUGAACGAAUUAGGUUCACUGGCGGCGUGUUCUUUGAUCUUUUUCAUCACAGCUUCGGUCGGAAAUUACGGAAUGGCGACUGCCAUAAUACCCGGAAUUCUGGUUGUUAUGCUUCUAUUUUCCGGACUUUUCCUUAAUUUGGCGGAUUUGCAUUCCUUAUUCAAAGUUUUUGAGUAUCUUAGCAUCCCGAAAAAUAUGUUGUCCCUACAAGCAAGUUUCCAACUUACAAAUACGCAGUUUUGUGGGAUUCGAAAUUUCACCCUCCCAGAAAAUCAAAAUUCUUUGAUUGCAAAUAAAUCCCAGUUCUCAAAUUUCUACGGUUGCGAAACUGGAGAGCAAAGAUUGGAAUCGAUAGGUAUUGGGAUCGAAUCCUUAGAACGACUGAAUUAUUUUAUAAUUUUAGCUCUUUUUCCCAUUUUACUAUUUCCGUUGACUUAUUUCAUACUUCGAGUCAAAUCAAGACGCAAAUUGUAAAAUGUAAUGAUGAAAA